AUGAUAUUUUUCAAACUCAUCUCAUCGCCUUACCAACUGAUAAAUAAAGCUGAAAAAAUGCACGAGUCCGAAAGCGAGCACCUCGGGAAGGCUGCUCUACUCUGGUCAGAUCUUUCGGAAACUCACGACGGUCUUGAUGAAACCCCCGAAGAAACCUACAUUUAUUUUGGUAUUUUUCAUUUAGAUAUAAUUCAUGGGCAGUCGGCUGAACACCUUAAUCGUGCUUUGAAGCAAUUUCAGGAUCUUAUUCGCCCCUGGAACGAAUUUUACCCAUGGACGAACUACAAUGGCGUUAAAACAGAAGUUGUUGAGGAUUCUGCUUCUGCGCCGUAUAUCCUUGGCUCUUUAUGCAUCACCGACAACCUUGAGGAAGAAUCACUGGUUGUGAGUCUUCUUCAGCGAUUUUCAAGUUUACAGGGCCCAGAAAUCUUCGUAAAAGUUACCGGAUCAGAUGGGGAAGUUCUCCUGAUAGAAAGUCAUGAUGUGUUGCCAAGCGAAUAUGAAUAUCCAAAAGGCAAUAAUCGCUUAUGGAUACAUGAAGGAAAGUUUAAGUUGAUCCCUAGCAACGUGACUCCUGGCCGUGGCAUGGAAAGAUCAGAAGCACUGAAUUUUCUUCUAAACACCUACUAUAAGCUCAUAGAAGUUCCAGAAGUUAGCAGUAUACUUCACCAAAGGUUCGUCCUGGAUACGCCUGAGAAGUAUUUGAGAAAUCUCUAUCAAUUGCCAUUAGAGUUGAAUAACAAGCAACAUUUCGAACUUUUAAAGAAAAAGCCACGACUAAUUGGCUAUAUAAUCAAAUGCUUAUACCAAGAAAACUUAAGUCACGAACCCGAAAAGAUAAUCGAAGAAUGUGAAAAUCAACCAUUAACCCUGUUGCUGCCUGUAUCACAAUGCAAAUUGUUAUCCUUUUACCUUCAGUAUUCGGGCAUUGAUCUUCAAAGCGAGCGUUUGCCGUCAAUAACAGGCGCUAUAAUCAGCAGAGCCUUGGAACAAGUCAUCAGGUAUGAUAAACAUUUUCAGCGUGAGAACUUUACGUCCUGUUCCGAAGCGUUAGACAGUUUCCAAGUGCAGCUUGUUAGUCAAGGCUAUUUGAAAAAAGAGGUCCCACACCAAAAAGCAAAUAUGGGCGCUCUAUUAAUCGAAGCAGAAGCAGAAGUCGCAGAGGAGGACACCAUGGAGAGGAUGCAAAGCUUGUUUACUGGGAUAAAGUCCAGCUUGGAGGAGGAAGAUAACAAUAAACAAGCCAAUGAAUCGAGCGAUGACAGUGAUACCGCUGCUGACCAUGAGGCUCAAAAAUUCUUUAGUGCACAAAACAUAGAUAUCGAUGAGGAUGAUUUCUUCGAGUUUUUCCUGACCGAAGCUCUCAAAGUUAAAAAAGAGGACCUAAAGAACUACCAAAGCGGUUCUGCUCCUCCUUCCGAAAGGUACCACGAAAAAGAAGACGAGGCUGAAGCUGUAAACGAAUUUGAAGGUCAUCUCUCGACGGAUAGCCGAGGCCAUUCAAAUGAUACAGAGGCUUUGGAGGAACUUAUCGAGGCUAUGAGGCUUGACCCCUCCGCGUUCGAAAAUAUACAAAAUAUCUUAGAUUUGGACUCCGAAUAA